GUGGCGUUAAGACGCCUCCAGGAGAUAAGAUGAAAACGAGUUUGCCGAUUAUAAAUCAGACAUUUUAAUUUGAAGAAAUAUUUUAUGCCUUUUAAUUAUUUUUGAUUUUUCUGUGUGUCUGAACUGUGAACUCAGUUCGGAUGUUAGGAACCAAGCUGAUCUGCAGGGGACAGAGCUGGCACCCACGGACGGAUUUUCAUUUAUUUAUUUAUAUUUAUUAGACUAUUACGCGUAGAAAAUGUGUUUGCUCAUCGGAGCCACCGGUGUAGGGAAAACACUGCUACUUAAACGGUUACAGAAGAUGAAUUUACGAGAUGAGCAGACAGACUUUGGUGAACCGCCCCCCACUUUACCUACGGUUGGCACCAACUUGACCGACCUGACAUUGAAGAAGAAAAAAGUGACCAUCCGAGAGCUGGGAGGCUGUAUGGGGCCCAUUUGGCCAAGCUACUACAGUGACUGCUCGUCCGUCAUUUUCGUGGUGGAUUCUGCCAACAUCAACCAGGUGUCCUCCUCCUGCAUACAACUACUAUCGGUUCUUUCUGCUGAGCUGCUCCAGGGGGCCUCAAUCCUCGUGGUCUUCAAUAAGAUUGACAUUCCCUGUCCAAUGACCAUCAUGGAGAUGAAGUCACUCUUCAGGUUGGAUGACAUCAUAGCCUCAGCCCUUCAGUCAGUCACAGUUCUGGAGUUGAGUGCACGCUCUGGACAGGGCCUGCAGAAAGUGCUGGACUGGCUGGAGUCAACAGAGAGAUCUGCUGUUGAACAACACAUGUAGGAAUUCACUGUGAAAAAUUCGUUUUCCGAGAGCAUUACACGUUUGAUCAUUUUCAGCUUGCAAUCAUACACAGAAGCCUAACUAAGAGCAUUCUCAGUGGUUGUCAGAAUGGUUUUAGCACUGGCACGUCAUCGUAUCCAAGUUUCUGACAAAUGGCACAAUGACCCAGUGGCUUCUCUUGUUACUCUGACAGCAAGACCGGCUGUGACACUGGUUCAGAAUGACUCUGGAGCAGCAUCUUAUCUCCUGUUGUAUCUAUGACAGAUCCGCCCUGCUUUUUUCUGUAUUAUUCUGCAUGUACCUGCUCAGUUCUAAGGGACCGUGAGAAACAGCCUUUCUGCCUAAAUACUGUUUAAACCAUGAAAUGAAAUGCUUUCUAAAGGAGUACAGAUAACAGGUACAGCUGAUAGCAUAGUGGUUAAAGCCGCUGCUUUUGGAUCCAAAGGUUACAGGUUUGAU